AUGGACUUAGUGUUGGAAGUUUGUGAUUCUUAUGUGUUUGAUUCUUUGUAUGCGAACUUGUUCCCUGUUCCAGCAUCGAAGCAAUGGUCGGAUGGGUGGCCUGUAGGUCUAUGGAAUGGGGGGGGGGCCUGGAAUGACAGCUCCACAGGAUAUUUUUCUAGGCUAGGUGCGAUAGGGGGCAAGCCUCGAGAAGUGUACGGGCAUCGGCCGUACCUUUUUGAGAUGGGGGAUUUAGCACAUCAGUCUUUACUUCCUAGAUACAAUGUAAUACGGCAAAGUGUUAGUUUAUUCAUUUUGGUGACAAUAUUUGGAUGGCUGCUCUAUCUUGGUGUUGCUACCUUUUCGUAUGUUUUUAUUUUUGAUAAAUCGGUUUUCAACCAUCCACGGUACCUGAAAAAUCAGAUGGCUAUGGAACUUAAACAGGCACUGAGCGCUAUUCCACAUAUGGCGCUAUUAACGAUUCCGUGGUUUCUGCUGGAACUGCACGGAUUUUCACAUCUGUAUAUGGGUAUUGAUUAUGCGAAUUAUGGAUUGCACUAUUUAGUGCUGGAAUGCUUCACGUUUAUACUUUUCACUGAUUUUGGUGUGUAUUUGCUGCACAGGUGGCUACAUUGGCCUUCGGUGUACAAGCUUCUGCACAAAAAACACCACAAGUGGUUGGUAUGCACGCCCUAUGCAUCACAUGCGUUCCAUCCCGUGGACGGUUAUAUCCAAUCGCUUCCAUACCACAUGUAUCCAUUCCUGUUUCCGCUCCACAAAGUAUUGUACCUCAUCCUCUUCACUUUUGUUAAUCUGUGGACUGUGAUGAUCCACGGCAGCGAGUUCCUCACCAAUGACCCAGUAAUUAAUGGAGUGGCCUGCCACACUGUCCAUCACCUUUAUUUCAACUAUAACUACGGACAAUUCACAACCUUGUGUGAUAGACUUGGGGGUUCGUUCAGACAACCCGAUAAAGAGCUGUUCGAUCCUAAAUUGAAAAAGGACAGAUCCGUGUGGGAGAAGCAAUUGCAAGAAGUUGACAGGAUGAUUGAAAUGGUGGACGGUGUUGGUGAUGACAGAGUUUAUGAAUAG